GUACAAAAAAGUAAAGAAAAAAAUAUGCCGGGUGGAGAAGUUGAACUCGCGCAAUCUGCUGCCCCUGGUGGCGAUACCAUCUUUGGAAAGAUUCUUAGGAAGGAGAUUCCAGCGAAAAUCGUCUACGAAGAUGAUCAGUGCGUAGCUUUCCACGACGUGGCUCCGCAAGCUCCUACGCACAUCCUGGUGAUCCCGCGUAAGCCCAUCUCUCAGCUUUCCAAGGCCGAAGAUUCUGAUGAGCAGUUACUUGGACAUCUGCUGAUCGUGGCGCGCAAGGUGGCUGCACUGCAGGGUCUGGACGAGUCUGGCUUCCGUUUGGUUAUCAACGACGGCAAGAACGGCGCCCAGAGCGUCUACCAUCUCCAUAUUCACAUCCUCGGCGGCCGCCAGCUCAAGUGGCCCCCGGGCUAAUUUAGUUAUAAUAAAGUAUUUGUUUAUGUGAA